AGCGCGCACGUUCCUUUACCCUGCUCCGGAAUGUUAUUUAUGGCAGGCGCGGUCCCGCGGACUGCACCGUUAUUAUUCGACGAACGACUGACACCGAAACUACAAUGUCAAACAUUUUCGGGAUACCGAACGCUUCCAUGUUCACGAGAGCCGGGAAGGACCCGUCGUGAUUUGUUAUUACACGCGCAAAAUCUACGAGCGAUCAAAUGAUAUUUCUGGACGCAAAAGAUUGAGAGGAUGUAUCAUCUUUCAGAAAAGGUGGAAGUGUGAGUGAGUCAGGGAGAGAUGGAGGUGAUGAGAAGAAAAGACUCCGACUCAAACGGCCUGUUCUCAGACAACUCGGACAAUGACUGUGAGGACAUGGGGGCUUGUGGACAGAGUACAGGUGUGUGUUUGUGUGAAAACACCACCUUCUGUGAUCAGCACCCACAGGAGGACUCCAGUGUGAAGUGUGUCCAGUGCGGUAAGAACAGACCCAUGAUCACUAGAUACUCCGAGGGUUAUGGCACAGAGGAGGAGUGUGUCCAGUCUCAUCCUCAGGGAGACAGUGAUGCAGAUGCAGACAUCGAGGACACGGACAACAGGCUCCAGAUUGUGGGUUCCCUCCAGCGAAUCAGCUCUCGGAAGAGAAAGCGUCAGCGAAUCACGCGGCAGGAUACCACUGAGAGCGAAGACGAUGGUGGGCGGAGCCACAGGACUCACCGCUGGAGUCUACGACUCAGUCCUCAUCGCACACACAACAGGACGAUACUGGAGGAGAGCGUGUCUCAGGUGCGGCCGUUGGUCAUCUGCCGCUGUGCAGCGCGAGAGACUCAAGCCGUGAUGGAUGACAAACCAGAUGGGGGGAAAUGGCCCCUGACAGCGUUCCCUGUCCCUCUUUCCCUCCCUGUAUCCUGCUAUCUGCUCAUCGUCCCUCUGUCCAUAUCCAUUAUCAUCAUUCUCAUGACAUUCCUCUUACCGCUCACAGAUACUUGAUAUUGCCUUACAACAUCACUGUAUAAUUCUUCUCACUGUAUGAAUCAAUUCAUUUUUCUCUAGUUUUGUCCACAUGUACAGUAUAUUAGAUCAUAUGCUUAGAAGACAUUUCAUUUUGAACCCUUCUGUACAGUGUUAUCUAUGAAAGCCCAUUUCUGCAACAUAAUAAAAUAAAAUGCUUUGGUAAAUCAUAUUUAUGAGAUAGAAAGUCAAAAUUGUGACAUAAAAGGUCAUAAUUAUGACAUAAGUCACAAUUUUGAGAUAAAAAGGCCAAGCUAUGACAUACUAUGUCACAUAAUUGAGAAACUAUGCCAAUACUAAGUCAUAAUUAUGAUAAAUAGUAAUUAUGAUAAAUAGUCAAAAUUAUGAUAUACUAAGUUAUAAUUAUGAAACUAAAUUCUGUCAUAAUUGUGAGAUAAAAAGUCAAUAUUACAGCAUACUAAGUCAUAAUUAUGGCAUAACAUGUCAAAACAAUUGACACAAAGCCACAAUUAUGGGGGAAAAAAAGUCAAAAUCAUGACAUCCUAGUUAUAAUUAUGAAACUAUGAAAAUACUUUUACUAAGUCAUAAUUAUGAGAUAAAAAGUCGAAAUUGUGACAUAAGUCAUAAUCAUGACAUAAAAUGUCAUUAUUAUGAGACAAAAAGUCAAAAUUAUGACAUAAAAGUCAUGACAAAAAAGUCAGUUAUGAGAUAAAAUGUCAAAAUGAUGACAUACUAAACUAUAAUUUUGAAACUGAAAAUUCUGUCAUAAUUAUGACAAAAAAGUCAUAAUUGUGUCAUAAAAGGUUAUAAUUAGAAAUUAUGAACAAUUAUAAAUUGUUAUAAUUAUGACAUAAAAUGUCAUGAUUAUGGGAUAAAAAGUCAGAAUUAUGACUGUAAAAGUCGUGACAAAAAAUUCAAUUAUGAGAAAGUCAAAAUUAUGACAUAAAAGUCUUAAUUUUGGAACUGAAAAUUCUGUUAUAAUCAUGAGAUAAAAUGUUGAAAUUCAAAAUUAUAACAUACUAACUCAUAAUUCUUAGAUAAAAAUCAAUUAUGACAAAUAUAAUUUUUGGGUCAUUUUGACUUUUUAUGUUAUAUUUAUGACUUUUUUAUCAUAAUUAUGGCUCAGUAUGUCAUAAUUUAAACUUUUUAUGUCAUGAUAUUUUAAGCAUGAUUUUUUUCUUAUGUGAUUGAAAUGUGCUUCCGUAGUUAUCGGACACUAAAUUUACCAGUUCAUUUAACAAAAAGCACAUUUGGAUGCACAACAUGAUCAGCAGUGUGAAAUUACAGCGAUAAUGUAAUUAAGUGAAAGUACUGUGUCAAAACGUCAAAGUAUCUAGUCAAAAACACAAGAGCGAAAACGUUUCCACACUUCGUGUUUAAGUAUAAAGUACUUUGUAAUGAAGGCAUCUCUUGACAUGGAAAAAUGACAGUAAUUGUGGCCAAUUACAUUUCACAUUGAAAUGGAUUUCAUUAGAUGUAAAUAAUAAUAAUAAAAAAGCACCGGAGCUCAAACUGAUUGACUCAGCAGCUUAGUAGAAUAAAUGUAUAGGCCUAUAUUUUUAUAUAAUACAAAAGAUUUAAGUAAUGACCUGUGAAACAUGUGCUUGGUUCUUUGAAAUGUGGAUUAGUUUUUUCUUUGGGUUUGAUGCGAUGAUGUAAAGUGGGUGUUUAGUGAGUGUGAGGAGGUUUUUGACCCGGACAUGGAGGAUGAAGGCCAGGUUCACCCUCAAGAGAUCUAUCCUCAUUUGCUAUUAUUGCCAUAACCUUUAGUACAUUAACCAGCAUUAAAUUACUUAAGAAAGAUUUUAGAAAGGCUGUGUCGCCUACAACAGCUGCUGAGUGCAAAAGAAAGACAUUUCACAGUGCUUUAAUGAAAGAUUACGAAAACAAACAUUUUUUAAAUCAUGCACAACAUUUAUGAGGAAAGCUGCUUUCAUGCUGACUUUAACAUCAUCUUCAUGAAGUGAAUCAUUGCACCGUCUCUCAGCGUCAUCAGAAAUAGAGCUGUUAUCUAAUUCUUCAUGUGUGGGAGAGAAGCACAUCGGGGCCAAAGGCCCACCGCCACACGUGGGCUGAAUCUAUGCAAGCAUCAAUAGUUUUACAAACUCUUUUUUGUGUAAAUAUGUUCUUAAGAAUUUCAGUUCCUCUGGCUUCUUCUGUCUUUCAUCUGUUCCUGAUUCUUCGUUUGUGUUCAUGGAUUCAUUCCUCUGUGUAAAGGGCUGUUGUUUGUCUCACUGUAAAGGCUUUACUGCAGUGUUUCACAGCGACUGACUCAUUUGAACCGUCUUGAGAUGCAAUAUUCACUGACAGAAGCACAAGCGUAAGUCAGGUCAAAUGAGUUCAGACAAACAUUUCCCAUAGUCCCUCUGCAUUAAUUCAUUAUCUGAGCGUGAGCGUUCACAGUUUUCCUCUUAAGUUAUCAGCUGCAUGUUUAUGAGUGUUAACGCUACAACAAUUUACUACCGGUGUGCAUCUGUACCUCAAUAAAGCUUAUUUUAGAUCUCACAGUUAUUCAUAUUUGCUUACUGCAUAUUUUCCUUUUUAUUUUACAUAUUUUUCCCCGUGAAAAUGGUAUUGUAAAAUGAGUCUGUGUCUAGAUUUUAAGAGAAUUAAAAUUAUAGUUUGACA